GUCUUUGGAUAACAGCCCCUUUUGCGCGCGCGGCAUUGUGGGACUCUGAAGGUGGCAAAGCGAGAGCCCCCCCCCCUCGGAUAUACUGACCAAGUGAAGGCAACCGCUAGUAUAGGUGGGGAUGUGGUGGCGACCAUGAAACAGAAGUGGUUGCUGUGUGCAGCAUUGCUGUUAGUUGGAGCCUCUGCUAUCCUGGCUCAUGAAACACAUGAUCAUGAUCACGAUGAUGACGAUGUAAUAGAUAUCGAAGAUGACCUUGAUGAUGGUGUUGAAGAGGUAGAAGAUUUGAAGCAUGAAGCAAGCACUCCUCCUCCACUCCCAAAGGUUACCUAUAAGGCCCCAGUUCCAACAGGAGAAGUUUAUUUUGCUGAGAACUUUGAUAAAGGAACUUUAGAAGGGUGGGUUCUUUCUAAAGCUAAAAAGGAUGAUACAGAUGAUGAAAUUGCCAAAUACGAUGGCAAAUGGGAAGUACAGGAAAUGAAGGACACUAAACUUCCAGGGGAUAAAGGACUUGUGCUGAUUUCCCGAGCUAAACAUCAUGCAGUCUCUGCCAAACUUAACAGACCCUUUGUCUUUGACACCAAGCCCCUCAUUGUACAGUAUGAAGUCAAUUUCCAAAAUGGAAUUGAGUGUGGUGGUGCAUAUGUAAAGCUGCUUUCCAAAACUCAUGAGCUGAACCUGGAUCAGUUCCAUGACAAGACUCCUUAUACAAUCAUGUUUGGCCCAGACAAAUGUGGGGAAGACUACAAAUUGCACUUCAUCUUUCGACACAAGAGCCCCAAAACAGGCAAAUAUGAGGAGAAGCAUGCAAAGCGUCCUGAUACUGAUUUGAAGAACUACUUUACUGAUAAGAAGACUCAUCUUUAUACAUUGGUUUUGAACCCAGACAACAGCUUUGAAAUCCUGGUUGACCAAACAGUUGUAAAUAGUGGGAAUCUGCUGUCUGAUGUGACCCCUCCUGUAAAUCCUCCACGGGAGAUAGAGGACCCAAAUGACCAGAAGCCAGAAGAUUGGGAUGAGAGAGCUAAGAUUCCAGAUCCAGAUGCUGUUAAACCAGAUGACUGGGAUGAGGAUGCUCCUGCUAAGAUUCCAGAUGAGGAUGCUGUGAAGCCAGAAGGUUGGCUAGAUGAUGAGCCAGAGUAUGUUGCUGAUCCUGAUGCAGAGAAACCAGAGGAUUGGGAUGAGGAUAUGGAUGGAGAGUGGGAGGCACCUCAAAUUGCAAAUCCCAAAUGUGAAUCUGCCCCUGGUUGUGGUGCCUGGCAACGUCCCACAAUUGACAAUCCCAACUAUAAAGGCAAAUGGAAACCGCCAAUGAUUGAUAACCCUAACUACCAGGGCAUCUGGAAGCCAAGAAAAAUUCCAAACCCAGAUUUCUUUGAAGACUUGGAACCUUUCAAGAUGACCCCCUUUGGUGCUCUGGGACUUGAGUUAUGGUCUAUGACCUCUGACAUAUUCUUUGAUAACUUCAUCAUCUGUACAGACAGGGCAGUAGCAGAUGACUGGGGUAAUGAUGGAUGGGGUCUGAAGAAGGCAGCUGAUGGUGCUGCUGAGCCUGGGGUUGUGAGUCAGAUGAUGGCAGCUGCUGAAGAGCGUCCCUGGCUUUGGGUAGUCUACAUCCUGACUGUGGCUCUGCCUGUGUUUCUCAUUGUCCUCUUCUGCUGCUCUGGAAAGAAACAACCAAGUGCUGCAGAAUACAAAAAGACGGAUGCUCCUCAGCCAGAUGUAAAUGAGGAAGAGAAAGUGGAGGAAAAAGACAAGGAAGAAGCAGAGGAUGUUGAAGAAAUACAUGAAGAAAAGCCAGAAGAAAAGCAGAGGGGUGAUGGUGAUGCUGGAACUGCUAGUCAAGAGGAGGAGGAGGAAGAGGAGGAGGAAGAAGAAGAAGAAGAAGAAGAAGAGGAGGAGGAAAAAGAUAGAAAGCCCAUUACAGAGGAGGAAGAAACUGUGAAUAGAUCCCCCAGAAACAGAAAACCAAGAAGAGAUUGAAAUAUCCUAAAAACUUGAUAUGAUUAAUUUUCCCAAACAUGGUUUUGGGAGAGGACCUUGGAUACCUUUUGGUGAAACUAAAAAAACAAAACAAAAAACACCACAAAACACCAACCCACCCCUCAAGACUUCAUCAUCCACAGGUUCCUGUCAAAUGCUCUCCAGUGUAAAUGAGUGUUAGCAGUAAAAUAUUCACAAUUGUGUUUUUUAAAAUUGUAUUCCUGUAGAAAAAGAAUGCAUUUAACACAACCCAGCUAUGAAUUUCUAGAAUGUUACAAGAACUAACAUUUUUGUGUUUUGAAGAAUUUUGUUUUUGAAUAGAAUGAUAGAAUUGCCAGUCUCAAAACCUUGGCUCAAAUUAAUGUAUUAAUCUGUCAAUGGAAAUGAACAGCAAACCGUAGAAAAUUGCUUGGUAUACAAUUUUUAUAAUUUUCUUUCUCUUACACGCAUGGAUGUACUUCUACAUUUCCCUUUGUUUGAUCAUGUUAAAGUGGCCAAUUACAUUAAAACUUCCACUCCAGUCAGAUAGGGUAGAGAGGGAAGUUAAAAUCCAUUUCAAGAAACAAUAUCAAGUGCUCACAUAAAUUUCCUUCUUAUUGAAGGAAAGGCAUAAUAAGGCCAUGAAAAAUGUAUACUGGUCAUGAGUACUGCUCAGCUAAAACAGUAUUUACAAUCAAUCUGAGCUGGUUCUGGGUUAGGGUACUAAGACUGAGACUAGGUUAUCUUGUUGCUGUAAGCCUUGGAAUUCCUCUCAAUAUAGAAUUGGUUUUUAUUGUGUUUGAGUUUUUUACUAUUUUUUCUCUGUGAUUUUUAAACUCAUUCCUCCUGUUCUAGCUUCUGCUGCUGCUAUGCAGUUUGUUCAGAAUGCAGCUUAGCUGCUAUAGAAUACAUGUGCUCUGCUCAUUGUUAAGUCUGUUGUGUGUUUUUUAAUCUCAAAAGGUAGAAUUACUUUCUGGGGUCUAAACACUGUGGAUAGGACGGUGUUGCUAACAUUCUCAUUGUUGCCAUGUAUGUAUAUUCAUGCACAGAGAUGAAGCAAAAGCAAACUGGUCUAAAGAUUUGCACCAAAAGCAGAUAGAUGUCAGUAUUUGUGGCUGAGGAAGGAGCAUGUGAAAGCUUACUGGGGUAUAUAUAACAUUUUGAGACUCAAUCUGUUCUUCAUGUAUCAUACUAUAUUGUGAAUGUAGAGGGGUUCCAGUUCCAGCUGAAUAAAUUUUUUAAAAUA